AUGGCUGCUUUUCCGAUUUCUCGAGGUCCACUUCUAAUACUUUCGAUAUUAAUCAUUACUGCGUUCGUCUUACGUGCUUUUCUAAGUGUUCCUUCUGCAUCAAGUCUUGGAUCCCGACGACAAAUUACUAUGCUUACAUUCAACAUUUGGUAUCCGUCUGUAAAGAUGAAAGAGCGGAUGAACGCGCUGGGGGAAAUAGUGCAAAACUUGAAACCAGAUAUUUUGACUUUUCAAGAAGUGACGCUGGACAAUCUUGCGCUAUUGCGAAGACAACACUGGUUUGAUCGAUAUAACGUAGUUCCACCUGACCCCGAGCUCGAAAUCAGGAAACAUGAGGGGAAGCAUUUUGUAGUUAUUUUGACCGUUUAUCCAGUAGACAAGUGGUUUAUUUACCCUCUAAAAAAUUCUCCAGUUUACCAUCGUAAGCUGGUCAGAGCAGAAACCAAGAGCGCUGUUUCUUCAAAUGUCAGAUUUGUUAUCGCAACGACUCACUUGGUACAUGCGGCUUCCAAUACGCAGAAGCGUGAGUUGCAAUUAAAAGAAACACUGAAGGUUCUCUCAGGCUACAAAAAUGUGUGUGUUAUGGGUGAUAUGAACAUCAAUGAGGGUAAAUUUAAAGCUGAUGGGGAAGUUGUCUUGCCUUAUUCUUGGUCUGAUGCAUGGUUGUCGCUUCCUGGAAACACAGUUAGCAAUGGAAAUACUUGGGAUCAGAGCAGGAAUGCAUUUGCAUCCAUGCAGAGCAACACAAAUACAACAAAGAUCUAUAAAGCAAGAGUUGACCGGGUCUUCUGUAAACUGUCAGACUUUAAAGUCAAGGAAAUGAGGAUUGUUGGUAAUGAGUCGACAAAAUCUGGUGUUCUACCCAGUGAUCAUUUUGGUCUGUUCACCAUCAUUGAAUUAUCUUCCCGCAAAACUCAGCAUAAAAAAACAUCAGCAGUAACCGAGGUUUUCUUUAAGAGAUCACCAGACUGGGGAAAACUGAUUAACCAAAAAGAUGAAAAAAGCUGAUUUAAGGAGGUUAAAUCAACAAAAGUAUGCAAGUAUGUAAAAAUUGCUUAACUGUUGCACUAGAGUUUAAGAUCCCUUCCCCCACCAGCCAUGUUUGCCCACCCCCCCCCCCCCCUUCAACAUGCACAAAACCUAAACCUCUCCUUACCCUGUGAAGGGUAUGGUUUUCAAACAGUUUAGUCUGGGAUAGGGGAAAGAAAUCAAAGAAUUUGGAUCUAGAAUAAGUUAAUGUUUUCCAGGAAAAUGAUCAAAUGGUUCAAGAUUUUAGUCUAGAGUGAGGAAACUGGGAAUUUGCAUUAAAAGUAAUGAGAUCAGCAAAUUUGAAUUUACCAGCAACUAAGAAGGCUCAGGGCUCACAUGUCCCUCGCAGCAACCAUCUCCACCCAAAAAUUUCUGAAGUAGACCCACCCCCCCUGUCUGCUGAUAGUGAUUCGUCAUGUUUAAUAAGUUAAAAUGGAUUCCUUUUUUAUGAAGAAAGUAAGAUGAGCAGUUGCUGUCUAGUUUUCAGACUUAUUUAUGGUACCUUACCCAAUUAUUUAAACAAAGAUUUUACUGUUAAUAAUCAAGUUCAUAGUAGAAAUACCAGGUAUGCGCUAAAUGUUUUUUACUUCUUCCACGGCGACCACUCAGUAGUGUUCACUUGUUCCUAAGUAAUCAACGCUUUCAAGCAAUAGAAUUCGUGGACCGAUACGUUCCGGAAAAGCUCUAAAUUUAAUCUUUCCUAAGAUUUCGUUGCAAAAUAUGCGUGGCUUCGAUCAUGCAACGAUUCUUAGUCCCAGUGUCCUUGGUCUCCGCAAGGAGUGCCUGGCACAAUGACGUCCCUUUUGUGUCCUAAAUACGACCAAAAAUUCAGGGGGUUACUUCCACAAAAAUUGGGUGGGGGUGUGCGGCAUGCUUCCUGAAAUCCUUGACCUAUUUCAGACCAAAAUCUGUGAUUUUCCCUACCCUAUCUCAGACCUGAUCAAAAAUUUGAUUCCCUAUUUCAGACCCGAAGCCCUGGAGCCCGGCACAUGACCAGAGCACGUCACAAGUUGUUACGGCAUGUACACGGUAGUUGGCGUAAACACUAAAAGGGAAACAGUCUCAUUGCCAAGUGAUGAAGAAGUAGCUAAUUCUUCUUAAAAACAUACCCAAUUCAAGAUUAGAGUGCACAAACCAUACCCUAUUUCAGACCAAAAUGGUCGAAAUUGAUACCCUAUUUCAGACCAAAACGGCUAAAAAACAUACCCUUUGGCACGGCACAUACCUAUCUGGCCUAUAUAAUAAUAAAGGACUAAUUAAGAUGUAAGGAUUCUCUCCCCAAUUUUAAGAAGCAGUUUAUUUAAU